GGUCCUCAUCUCAGCCUUCACAAAGGGUGACUCGGCAUCAUGGCGUUGGCGGUCAUGGCCGCCUCAUCCAACAAGCCGGCCUCUGCCUCGAAGGUCAAGAAGGCACCACAGAAGAUGGAUAGCAAAAAGGCCUUCGAGAUUCCAGGGCUUCAAGCGCGGCCUUACCACGACGAUGAGUUGCAGGUGGCCUUUGAAAUCAUCGACCUCGACCGCCACGGUGAGAUCGGUGCCACGGACCUCCGACGCGCCUUGCAGCUUUGUGGGGAGCCAGAGCCCACGGACGCUGAGAUCCAAGAGAUGAUCCGUCUCAUGGAUCCUGACGGCAGUGGCUCGAUCGAGUUCGCAGAGUUCCGCAGAUAUUUCGUGGAGCCGCCUCCGCUCUUUCGGAACUUCGACCUGCACCGCCGGGGCGGCUUUGGAGAGGCGCCCGACGAGGAGGAAGAGGAGGAGCCGCCGCCCCCAGACACCCUGGCUUUGGUGGACGGUGGAGAUGCCACUCCUGCGUUGGCGCGCUUGGAGAGCCGGAAAAAGAAGUUCACCUUGAAGGAACAUGCAGAAGGUGAUCCACGGGCGCCCUAUGUCAAAGAGUUGGCCAAGCACGGCAUCACUCCAGAGUUUAUCCGUGAUGUCUACCAAACCUUCGUUGAAAUCGACACCAAAGACACUGGCUUCAUGAGCUUUGAGGCUUUCUGCAAGGUCUUCAGCAAGAAGCCCUCCCCAGAGAUGCGGGAGAUCUUCGAUGCCUUUGACGCCGACCGCGAAGGAGAGUUGGACUUGCGUCAGUUUGUCAUCGGCCUCUCCACGUUCGCAAAGACUGGGCUUGAAGAGAAGGUUCGAUUUGCGUUCAUGAUGUACGACGAGGAGCAAGACGGGUCCGUGAGUCGGGAGGAGCUCUCGGAGAUGCUGCGGGCCAUGGCGCCGUACCUGCGCAGUGCUCACCGGGACGCCCAUCUGGAAAGGGUCUAUGCGCUGCACAGUCUCCACCCCAAUUCACGGGUCUCCUUCGAUGAGCUCAUGGACUACUUGGUGGAAAACCAGGACUUGAUCAUACCUCCCAAGAAGAAGAAAAAGAAAAAGCGGGAUGAGGAGCAGGAGCAGGACUUCGUAUGAUGCCUGCCACUAGCCGCACUAGCAUCUGUGUGAUGCGCCACUAGCUGCACCACUUCCGCUCAAAUCUGGUUUAGUCGAGUAUGUACCAGUCACAUUGAAGGAAGCAGUGAAGCUGAUGUUAAUGUGCUGGUUCUACUUAGAGCAUCAUGAAAAAUGAUGCUCUUCAGCCAGUUUAGCGCAAAGCGCCCCACGUUGCUCGUUCAAAAAGUUGGAUGAUUUGAAUGUGGAUGAUCGAUCCCUCGCCAGAGGCCAUAAGGAAGCUAUUAUUUUCAGAAGGACUCCCAUAGCACAACUGCCUUGGCACAAGAUCAAGUGAUGUUAAAAAAAAAACACCCGACCAAGGAAACAUGUAAUGAGUG